AUGUUAGGAUCAUUAGUACAUCAUCUUACUUCGCUAUCUGUUAGGAAUUUUUUGAGGACUUCAGUUGCAAGGUAAGAUAUCAAACUUUUUUUUGUUAUAGUAUGUUUAGUGCUUCUGUAUUCACCAAGAAGACGAAGAAAGUAGACACAGAUGUUGCCAAAGCUCGAGAAGCCAGAAAGAGGAAAAAACUAACUCGAGAAAUUCGAGAAAUGAUGAAACACAGCAAGAAACCGAAACCAGUCACUGAACUUACUGUUGACGUCAAGUCGGCGAGGAAUAUCGAGUAAGUUGGAAUGUAAUGGUUUAAUUUGAUUUAUUUAGUCUGAGGUACAGAGAGCCCAGUGUUUUGUCAGAGGCAGAAAUGGACGACAGAGCAAUCAUUACAAAGGCAUACAACACUAGUAGGAAUAUUUUAGCUCACAGUGACAUCAGGUGGAUUCAGACCGCUAUCAAAGAGCAGGACGAAGCCAUGAACUUAUUGAAGUCGUUGUCUCCAGAUUUAUACAAAGCUGCUGCAAGUUUAUCAGAAGGGUUGAGCAUCUACGAGGGUAAAGGACCUAUGAUAACACCUCCGUUGAAGGAAUACCGAAGUCCUGAUGGUGACUACGAAGAUACCACGAGAACGUGGGAGUAA